UAGAAACAGAAAGAUUACAUUUUCGGUAUAAAUUUUCUAAGGUUUUCUAUUUUAUAUUUAUAUACUUAUAAAUUUUGAACGCGUGUGAAAUAUUAAAAAAUUUGCUUAAAAUUUUUUGAAAUAUUUAAUUGAAAUGAGUGCAAAAAUUUUGGUUAUUGGAAGCGGAGGGCGUGAACAUGCUAUUUGUUGGAAAUUGGCACAAAGUGGUAAUGUUGAAGAAAUUUACGCUCUACCCGGCAGCUAUGGUAUUGGACAAAUUAACAAAGUUGUAAAUUUGACUAAUAUUGAUGUCAACAAUUUUCGGGCAAUAGGAGAAUGGUGUCAGCAGAAACAUAUUGAUUUAGUUGUAAUUGGUCCAGAGGAUCCUUUGGCCCAUGGAAUUUCAGAUGUUUUAUCAAAAUUUAAUAUCCGGUGUUUUGGUCCAAUGAAGGAAGGAGCACAAAUAGAAUCAGAUAAAAAAUGGGCUAAAAAUUUUAUGAUGCGACAUAAUAUACCAACAGCACGUUUUGAUACAUUUACCGAAUCAGAAAAAGCAAAACGAUUUUUAAGAGAUCCUCCCUACAAUGCCGUGGUUGUAAAAGCAAGUGGUCUGGCAGCAGGAAAAGGAGUUGUUGUUGCACUGAAUUCAGAGCACGCUUGUGAAGCUGUUGAUGAAAUACUUAAAGAAAAAAAAUAUGGAAAAGCUGGAGAUGUAGUUGUUAUUGAAGAAUUAUUAAUUGGCGAAGAAAUUUCGGUACUUGCAUUUGUUGAUAAAAACACAGUACGCGUAAUGUUGCCAUCUCAAGAUCAUAAAAGAUUGCAAGAUCAUGAUCUUGGCCCUAAUACUGGUGGAAUGGGCGCUUAUUGUCCGUGCCCAUUAAUCAACGAAAAUCAAUUAGAAUAUGUUAUUGAAAAUAUUUUACAAAAGACAAUUGAUGGUUUGAGACAAGAAGGGAUUUCUUAUUGCGGUGUCUUAUACGCAGGUCUUAUGUUAACAGACGUUGGACCGAAAGUUUUAGAAUUUAACUGUCGUUUUGGAGAUCCAGAGACCCAAGUUAUACUGCCAUUACUGAAAUCUGAUUUAUAUGAUGUUAUGUUAGCUUGUUGUGACAAUAAAUUAAAUCAAAUAAAUUUAGAAUGGGCUGAAAAUUUAUCGGCUGUUGGUGUAGUUAUGGCAAGCGCUGGUUAUCCAGAAACUAGCACAAAAGAUUGUGUUAUUGAAGGAAUUCCGAAAAAUACUCCAACGAACCUGAUAUUUCAUAGCGGUGUUGCUUACAAAAAUGAAAAACUUGUUACAAAUGGAGGUCGAGUUUUGAUUGCUGUUAGCUUGAAUGAAGAUUUGGAAAAAGCUGCGAGCAUGGCUACAGAAAUUUGUCACAAUAUUAAAUUUUUAGGAAAUAAAAAAGCUCAGUAUCGUACUGACAUAGCUGCAAAGGCUUUUAAAUUAUCUCUAUCCUACAAGGACAGUGGAGUAGAUAUAGAAGCAGGGGACGAUUUAGUUCAGAGAAUAAAACCACUAGCAAGAGGAACCUGCCGACAGGGUGUUGUUGGUGGAAUCGGGGGCUUUGGAGGGUUAUUUAGUAUGAAUGAGCUCCCUUACAAAAACCCAGUACUAUGUGAGAUUACUGGUGGUGUUGAAUCAAAAAUUAAAUUAGCCUUAGACUUUGAAAUGUAUGAAGGCAUCGGUUACGAUUUGGUUGCUGUUUGCGUUAAUAAAGUGUUAGAGUCUGGAGCCGAACCUAUAGCGUUUUUAGAUUAUAUUGCUUGCGGAAAAUUACAAGUAUCUGUGGCCGCACAAAUAAUAAAGGGAAUAUCUGAAGGAUGCCGGGAUGCUAAUUGCGCUUUAUUGGGUGGAGAAACAGCAGAAAUGCCUACAGUGUAUGCUGUUGGAAAAUAUGAUAUGGCUGGCUAUUGUGUAGGCGUUUUAGAGGAAAACUUUGAAAUUCCAAAAUACAAAAAUUUGGAAACUGGCGAUAUGAUAAUAGCCUUGCCAACUUGUGCACUAAAUAACUCUUGUUUUGGGUUCGUAAUAAAUCUUUUACAAAAAUUAGGGGUAAAUAUGCAAAACUUCUCUGAAUUCGGCGAUAAACAAAAAACAUUUGCGAGUAAUUUUUUGGAGACAUCACCGAUUUAUGUUAAAGAGGUUUUACCUCUCAUUCAAAAAAGAUUGGUAAAGUCGUUAGCCUACGUUGAUACAGAUUUAACGACAGCAAUGAAUAAAUUAAUAUCCAAAGAUUUUUCAGCACAAAUUGAUUUCAGUAAAAUUAGAACUCCAGAUAUAUUUGGUUGGAUGGCUGUAAAAGGUGGUCUUUCUGAUAACUGUCUUCUAAACAAUUUCAAUUGCGGCAUCGGUAUGCUAUUAAUUGUUUCGGAAAACUGUACUGAGUGGAUGUGCAUACCAAAUGCGAAAUGUAUUGGAAAAUUAAUAAAAUCUACUAAUUCUAAAACAGCUUUAAGUUUCAUAAACGUGAAUAAAUCUUUUAGCGAGUGCUCUAAACAGUUUAGUAAAGAAAUUAUUGAAAGAAAUUAUGAGUAUCAAGUAGAAAAACUUGACGAUGUGAAGCGGGAAUUAAUGCAAUUCGCUAGUUCUACGUUGGGAAAUGUUAUUCAAACUGAUUCUGGCAAAAUUUUAACUAAAGUGUCGAAGAAAUAUCGUAAUCCAAUAUUAAUAAUCGGCACAGAUGGCGUUGGCACUAAAAUAAAAAUUGCUCAAGAUUGUAAUUUGCACAAUACCGUUGGAAUAGAUUUGGUUGCAAUGUGUGCUAAUGAUAUCUUAUGUAACGGUGCUGAGCCUUUAACGUUCUUAAGUUAUUAUGCUGGUGGUGAAGCUCAAAAACAAACUGUUGUCGACAUUAUAUCGGGAGUGGUAGAAGGCUCAAAACAAAGUGCAACAAAUUUGAUUGAUACACAAAUAGUUGAACUUCCGUUGAUAUAUAAAAGAAACGUCUAUGACUUAGCAGGAUUCUCGUUAGGGGUUGCGGAAUAUGAAAAUAUGCUUCCAAGAACUAGCAUUAUAACAGAGGGUGACAUCGUUAUUGGUUUACCAUCUACUGGGGUUCAUAGCAAUGGAUUUAGUUUAGUACAUAAAAUAAUGGAUUACGCUGGAUAUACGUUUGGUGACAAAACUCCGUUCAGCAAUAAAACUUUUGGUGAGGAGUUCUUGACACCAACAAAAAUCUAUGUAGAUGCAUUAAAAAAUAUUUUAGAAAAACGGGUAGUAAAAGCAAUUGCUCAUAUUACAGGCGGUGGUCUGAUAGAAAAUAUUCCAAGAGUUUUUACUUCCGAAUUAGGUGUUAUAUUAGAUGCAAAUAAUUGGAAUAUUCCACCAGUAUUUGCUUGGUUAGCAGAAAAAGGCAAUAUAACAUUCUAUGAAAUGCAAAGAACAUAUAAUUGUGGUUUGGGUUUAAUAUUGAUUGCCGAUCCAAAAAAUGAAGAAUUUUUAAUAAAUCAACUAAAAUUUUCUCACAAUGCCACAAAAAUUGGUAAUGUUGUGUAUCGAAAGUCAUUAAAUACACCGCAAGUUACAAUUCAUAAUUUUGAAAAAUCUUUACAAAAAGUUCAAAGACUUAUAAAAUUACCAAAGAAAAGGGUUGCUGUGUUAAUAUCUGGUUCAGGCACAAACUUACAGUCACUAAUUAAUGCGACAAACGAUUCAGCGCAAGGUAUUGGAGCUGAAAUUGUAAUGGUCAUUUCAAAUAAAUCAACAGCAUAUGGUUUAGAGAGGGCGAAACAAAAUGGAAUUGAUGCUGUAUUCAUUUCACAUAAAGAUUUUAGCACUAGAGAAGAAUUUGAUGAAGCUAUGUCAAGAAAACUGAAGGAAUAUGGAGUUGAUAUUGUGUGUUUGGCUGGAUUUAUGAGAAUACUUACAGAAAAUUUUGUCAAGACAUGGAAAGGCAAACUAAUUAAUAUCCAUCCAUCGCUGUUACCGAAACAUCCAGGCUUGCAUGUUCAAAAAAAAGCUUUGGAUGCUGGAGAUAGUGAAUCGGGCUGCACGAUACACUUUGUUGAUGAGGGUGUUGACACAGGAGCAAUAAUCAUUCAAGAAAAGGUUCCAAUUCUUCCUGGCGAUACAGAAGAUAUUUUAAGUGCCCGGAUUUUGAAAGCAGAACAUUUUGCUUUUCCAAAAGCUUUGAAAUUACUAGCAACAGAUGCAGUUAAGCUUGUAAACAAUAAAGCUGUUUUUUGCUAACAUUUUUUUAGGUUAAGUAAUUAUUAAAAUUUUAAAGGUUUUUCCAAUUUCAUUUUGAUUAUCAACAAAACCAAUAAAAGAUAGGUAAAGGAAGUAAUAAAACUUACUGCUUUAGAAUCAAAUAGAAUUGUUAAUUAUAAAAUUUGCAUAUUCAUCUAUAUAGCAU